AUGGGCUACGAUAACUUUCAUAAUGCACGCAACCGUCCACAUAAGAAUAAUUCUAAGAACUUCAGAAGACGAGAUAUUCCCGCUGGUCCUAUGAAUAAUGUCAAUAAUAAGAAUAAUACUUCAUCGAGAGGUACGAAGAGGCUACGACCAAAUAAUAACAAUAAUACUAAUAAUAAUAAUAACAACAAGAAGAAACUGGAUACAAGACACAAGGAUAAUGACCAUAACCAACGACGUUUUAAAGAUGGAUCUCGUUACCAGGCCCCAGUAACAGCCCCAGUCUCACGAUAUAAUAAUUCUAACGGACAUAAUAGCAAUAACAAGAACAAUAAUAGAUUACUACAUGCAUUACCGAAGGGCCCCAAGCAUCAUGAUGGUUCACCGCAACCUUCAUCUCCCUCUUCUUCGUCACGUUACGAUUCCAAGACACAAGCAUCACCUAUUCAUAAUCUACCUACAAAACCAGCAUUAAGCACUACCGUCAAGAGGGCUAAACCCAAUCCACUUCCUGUCCCCGUCUCCUUUCUAAAUGAAGUAAGAACGUCAUCGAUUUAUGAAAGAAUAGUACAAGUGGGCGAAGGUACAUACGGUAAAGUGUACAAAGCCAGAAAUGAAGUGACCUCCCAUUUAGUAGCAUUAAAGAAAUUAAGACUCAAUAAUGAAAAGGAUGGGUUCCCCAUCACAUCCAUUCGAGAAAUUAAACUAUUACAAACUUUCCAUCAUCCUAAUAUUGCCACCUUGGUUGAAAUCAUGGUGGAAUCAUCUAAGAUGGUUUAUAUGAUUUUUGAAUAUGCUGAUAAUGACUUGACCGGAUUAUUGGGCGAUAAGAAUGUAGUAAUGUCUCUAGGCCAACGCAAACAUCUUUUCCAACAGUUGUUACGUGGUGUAAAAUAUUUGCAUGAUUCUUUGAUAUUACAUAGAGAUAUUAAAGGGUCCAAUAUUCUAAUUGAUAAUAAGGGGAACUUAAAGAUUACCGAUUUUGGGUUAGCUAGAAAAAUGCAUGUUAAGAGUGACAGUGAUGGUUCUAAUGAUUAUACUAAUAGAGUAAUUACGCUAUGGUAUCGUCCUCCUGAGUUGUUAAUGGGGACCACUAAUUACUCCACAGAAGUGGAUAUGUGGGGGUGUGGUUGUAUCUUGAUGGAAUUAUUCAAUAAUGUGUCAAUAUUUCAGGGUCAAAACGAAAUUGAGCAAUUGCUUUCCAUAUUCAAGAUUAUGGGAUCACCCAAUUUGGAUAACUGGCCAAAUUUUUUCGAGAUGCCCUGGUUUUUUAUGAUUAUCCCCAUGUUAACUGAGAAGUACCCAGAUUUAUUUGAAGAGAAGUAUAAAAAUCUAUUACCUAGUAGCGAAUGCUUCAACUUGGCAAAGGGGUUAUUGUUAUAUGAUCAAAAGAAGAGAUUAUCUGCUGAGGAAGCCUUGAAGAGCCCCUAUUUUACAGAAGAUCCUCAACCUGAACCUCUAAUCUUGGAAGGCUAUGUAGGUUGUCAUGAAUAUGAGAUUAAGAUGGCAAGAAAACAACAAAAACGUGAGGAAGAACCAGAGAGAGAAAGGCAAAAGGAGGUUUAA